AUGGUGAAUCUACCGAAAAACCCGUUCAGACCCUCAUCGGCGAAGAUGAAAGCCUCAGAACGAGGGACCACAAUUGCAACCGAGGCGAAGGCGACGGUGGCGAUGUCCACGAAACCUCUGACAAACGACGACCUCGUUCCGGUAAGUGACGUCGAUAACCAGCGAAUAGAAAUGUUGCAAACUGGCAGCUUUACGGACAGACCACCUAGCACCCGGAACCCACCAACCUUUCCGCCGACAGGAAGGCAAAAACACGGCUGCGGCAAAAUCGUUCGUUCGGUUUUGAUACCCCUUUUUAUUUGCGAGCGAGUAUCUGUCGGCGCAGCUGUGGGCGAAAUUAAAGUGUUGUCGGAUUAA